CGUGACCGCCGAGAAUGAGCUGCAGAAGAAAUGUCCACACCUCUUCGAAAACGGAAAAUCGCCGAAGACAUGCUGCGAUCACGCUCAGAUUAUGACGAUGAGCCAUAGCAUGACAAUGGCCGAAGGACUUUUCGGCAGGUGUGCGACCUGUGUGAGGAACAUGUUCCGGCUGAUUUGCGAUCUAACCUGCAGCCCUGAGCACAGUCGAUUCCUCAACGUAACCAAGAAAGGCAAGCAGGGCGAGAUCGAGUACGUCGAAGAAGUCGAGGUUCAUGUAACGGAAGAAUAUAUAAACGGGACAUUCGAUUCAUGUAAAUAUGUGGUUAAUCCUACCACCGGCAAUCUCGCGAUGGAUAUAGCCUGCGGCGAUAAAGGCGCCAGCAGAUGUACCCCGAAAUUGUGGUACAAGUACAUGGGCGAUACCAAGGCAAAUACUUUCACACCCUUCCAAAUGACAUACGUCUACGACGAGACGGAGAAAUGGGGCGAGGAACCAUGGAACGCGAAGGCCAAGAAUUGCAAAGAAGUUUAUGAUGAACACUCCAUGGCCUGUAGUUGCGUCGAUUGCCCUAGCGCGUGUGCCUCAACGAAACUAGAUCUCGGCACGGGUAACAUCUUCAAGAUUGGUGACUUGAACGGCUACGGCAUCGUGGCGGCGAUACUGGUUCUCGUGGUGACGAUCAUCGUCUCUAUCGGUUACGGCCUCGUGAUGAAAUAUCAAAAGAAAGGUGCCGAGAAAGAAAUGGUACAAAAGAACAGAAGAAAUUGCGGUCAAUAUUGCCAAAAAAUCUUCGAGAAGUCCUUCUUUGUGUGGGGAAGAGUGUUCGCGACGUAUUCCAUUAUCGUCCUAUUCUUGGUCUCAUACGUCAUCGUCAGUUUGUGUUACGGCAUCGGGUACCUCUCGGUGACGGUGAAUCCAAUCGAAAUCUGGGCGGCACCGGGUAGUAGAUCGCGGAUGGAGAAGAAUUAUUACGAUACUCGAUUCCAUCCAUUUUAUCGAACCGAACAGAUCUACAUCAAGGCUGUCGGCCUCGAUAAGAUAAAGCAUAAUACUACGACGGGGACCUUGGAAUUCGGGCCCGUAUUCAACAAGGAUUUCCUGCUGGCCGUGUACAAGCUGCAGGGGAAGAUUCUCGAGUUGGGUCAAGAUACCGGCGAGGGUCUGGAGAAGAUCUGUUAUGCUCCCGUACAAAGCGAAUUCACCGGGCCGGUCACUCUCGACCUCUGCACGGUGCAGAGCGUCUGGGGAUAUUUCCAGAACGACGUCGAUUUCUUCAACAAUACGCGGAUUUCUGACGAAUACGAAAUCAACUACUUGGACCAUUUGUACAGUUGCAUGCAAAACGCACUCAACCCACUCUGUCUGGCUCCAUACAAGGGACCCAUCAUACCCGCCAUAACGAUCGGAGGUUUCCUGAAGGAAGGCGAAUUCCAAUACGACUCCGACGAUUACAUUAAAGCGACAGGGUUGAUUUUGACCUUCCUGGUGAAAAAUACGCUCAAACAGGAAGAGCUCGUGCAGAUUAUAAAAUGGGAACAACGCUUUCUCGACUUCAUGGCGAAAUGGGUGGACAACGAUCGACCGAAAUUCAUGGAUGUCGCUUAUACGACGGAGAAAUCGAUACAGGACGAAUUGGACAGAACGUCGAAGGCUGAGGUGACAACGAUGGUGAUCAGUUACCUCCUCAUGUUCGUCUACAUCUCCAUUGCCCUCGGCAAAAUUCGGUCCACGCUCGCCGGCUGUUUCACCAACAGCAGAAUCGUACUGAGUGUCGGCGGGAUUAUCAUAGUCAUAGCGUCGGUCGGAUGUUCGCUCGGCGUUUUCGGCUACAUCGGCGUGCCGACGACUUUGCUCACGAUCGAGGUGAUUCCCUUCCUGGUAUUGGCUGUCGGAGUCGACAACAUCUUCAUCUUGGUGCAAAACUACCAGAGGAAUCCGCGACACAACGGUGAAACGAUAGCGGAGCACAUCGGUAGGAUCCUGGCCGCGGUUGGACCUUCGAUGCUGCUUACCAGCAUGUCCGAAUUUUUCUGCUUCCUCAUCGGAGCAUUCUCAUCGAUGCCGGCUGUCAACACCUUCGCCAUGUACGCUUCGUUGUCGAUUCUGUUUAACUUUCUCCUGCAGAUAACCGCUUUCAUCGCUUUACUGUCUCUCGACUCUGCGAGAUACGAGGCAAGCCGUCUGGAUGUGCUUUGCUGUGUUAGAGUCGACAAGAACAUGGAGAUCGAAGAUCGCCCGGGUCUAAUCCACCUGCUCUUCGAGCGUUACUACACGCCGUUCUUGAUGAAAACGCCGACUAGAACCGUGGUGAUGAUGAUCUUCAUCGCCGCUUUGGCCACUCACGUCGCAGUCAUACCGCAGGUCGAAAUCGGAUUGGAUCAGAAACUCUCGAUGCCGGAAGACUCUUAUGUCCUCAAGUAUUUCCAGUACAUGGAGGAUCUUCUGUCGAUGGGUCCGCCGGUGUACUUCGUGCUGACGGAGGGCUUGAAUUACAGCAGGAGGGAUGUGCAGAACGUCAUAUGCGGCGGUCAAGGAUGCAACGCCGAUUCCUUGUAUACGCAGAUCUACUCGGCGGCCAGCCAGUCCUCCGUAUCAUAUUUAUCUAAAGCGGCUUCCUCUUGGAUAGACGACUACCUCGACUGGUCGACCAUCGACGGAUGCUGCAAGUACUUCCCCACCAAUGAAUCGUUUUGUCCCCACAACAAUGACAAUUGCAUCAAGUGCAAUAUUCUGAAGGAUAAGUCUCGACCGACUGAAAGGGAUUUCAGAAAGUAUUUACCCUACUUUUUGACAGACGUUCCAGACGAAGAUUGUGCUAAAGCUGGCAGAGCAGCUUACUACGGCGGGUUAAAUUACUACUACGACGAAUUCGGCUUGACCAAUGUGGGUGACUCGUACUUCAUGGGUUAUCACGUUCCAUUGAAAAAAUCGUCCGAUUGGUACGAGUCGAUGCGAGCUGCCAGAAAAAUAUCGGACAAAAUCACAAACAUGAUCAACGACGCCGAACUGUCGGACCAGAAGGUCAAACUGUUCCCGUACAGCGUAUUCUACGUAUUCUACGAGCAGUAUCUGACUAUUUGGCAAGAGACUCUUUUAUCGAUAAGCCUGACUCUCGUCGUAAUCUUCGUGGUAACGCUACUUCUCACGGGCUUGUCGCUCUUCUCCGCGGUGGUGGUAUUGCUUAACGUGCUGAUGGUACUGGUGAAUCUGGGAGGUCUCAUGUACUGGUGGAACAUCUCUUUGAAUGCGGUCUCCCUCGUAAAUUUGGUCAUGGCGGCAGGUAUCUCCGUGGAAUUUUGUAGCCAUAUAGUGCACUCUUACAUCACUUCCACGGCGACGACGAGGAUCAGCAAAGCGUCGGCGACACUUUGCAUGAUGGGAAGCUCCGUGUUCUCGGGGAUCACACUGACCAAGUUCGUAGGAAUAGUAGUACUAGCGUUCGCGAAGUCACAGAUCUUCAGGGUGUUCUACUUCAGGAUGUACUUGGGCAUCGUCAUAUUCGGCGCGGCACACGGCUUGAUAUUCUUGCCGGUGUUGUUAAGCUUUAUAGGUGGGUGAAACACGAACACCAUAUUUCGCUCGUCUCAACAUUAACAAUUUGAACGUAUCCGUAAUCAUUAUAAUUGCAGGACCCACGUAGGGAUAAUUUUCAUCAAACGAUCGUAGCGAAAACGCCACGAAAACACCCGGAUUUGCAAAAGCCGUGCGAAGCGACUCGUAACGCCUAUUCGUAGAUCUAUUAGUGCAACCGACUGCACAAAACAAUAUGUAAAUAACAAUUAACAUGUAAUAACGUGUAAGUCAACUUUUAGUUGUUAGUAGAAAUAAUAGCUAUGUAAAUUAUUUCGCGAGUCUGUCGAGCCUCGACUUGCGCUAUUGUUACGUUCUUACGCAUCCUUUUGAUAUUUAAAUGUAAGUAGAAAUCAAAACUAUCAUACCGAUCUGUAAUUUACUUCUAUGUAUUAACAUAUAGCAAAUUAAACGAUUUCUUUUGGAAAAUUGUAAGAUGCAUCAAGACUGUUAUGCUAUGUAUGACAACAUUAGACUGGACAUGCGAUUCUCUCUGUAUUAUGUAACAAUCCCACGAUAUCACAGCAUGAUCAUUAUAAAUUGAAAGCAUUUCACCAUACAUGUAUCAUAACACUCGUCUUAUAAAGAAACAGAAAUAUAUAGACAAGUUUUUUCAAUACAUCAUGUUCUCCAUUUUUUUAAUGAACCUUUUUCCUCGAAACUUUAUACAAACCUUGCACGGUUAGCCAUAUCUCUCACAUUUGAUUAUAUUUCUUCUUUAUCUAUUUACUAAGUAUUAAUAAGAUUAAGUGACGGAUCAAUUGCUUGAAAAAGCAACCAAGAU